CAUGGAACGGCAGCAGGAGCUGAAGGUGCUGCUGAAGCGCUGGGAAGCGGAAUUCCUGCGGGAACGGCGGCGGAAACCCAGCCAGGCCGACAUCGAGGAGGCCCCGCCCGAGACCCGCCGACUCUACCAGGAGUACGCGAGGCUGAAAAAAGCGGAAAAAACUUCGGAAUCUUCCGGAAAAACUUCGGAAUUUUCGGGACAAUCGGGAUCCCAGGAAAUCCCAAAAGUGAAGCAGGUGGAAGAUUCGGGAUUUUGGGGCUCCCACCUGAACCGGGCUCCGAAAAUUCCCGGGAAAAGUCGGAGCGGGAACCCCGGGCCAGGAAUUUCAGCAGAAUUUUAUGGGAUGAAGCUCAAAGCCAAACUGGGAACAACUGGGAAGGAACCCCCCCUGACCCUUCGGAGGACCCCAAAUCCCAGAAAAACCCCAAAAAUCCCCCAAUCCCAAAAAUCCCCGGAGCGCGGAGCCGCGGAGCCGCCGGAAAAGUCGGAAAAUCCCAAAAAAAUGGAAAAUUCCGAAGAAUUCGACGACCUCGUCCUUCCUCCUUCGGUUCCGGGAUUGGGGCCUCUCAAAUUCCCGACAAAUCCCAAAUUUUCCCCCGUUCCCGAAAAAUUCCAGAGGUUGAAGGAGAAGGUGGCGAAAACUUUGGGAUCGUUGGAUCCCGGAUGGAUCGAGAGGUGCCAAGAAUUCGUGGAAAAAACGGAAGAAUUCCCGGAAAAACCGAAAUCGGCGCCGGAAAAACCAGAAUUGGCGACGGAAAAAAUGGAAAUGGCGACGGAAAAAACCGAAAUUGGGGUUGGAGGCGAUCGAUGCUUCCGGUGCGGCGGGAAUGGGCACUGGGCCUCGGAGUGCACAGGAAAAAAUUUGGAAUCAUUCUCGGAGGAAAUUCCAGAGGAUCAGGAGUUGCUUCCCACUCUGGAUGAAGUGGCCCAAACGAGCAGCGAAGUUUUUAUCCCAGAAAUUCCUGAUGUUGGAUCCAGCACAGAAAAUUCCCAGGAUUUUCUUCAGGAAUUUUCCCCUCCCCCACCUCCCGUGGAUCCCCUUUAUCCCCCAAACCCCGACGGGACAAUCCCAGAUCCUCCAGAAGAAGUUUUGGAUGCUCUGAAAAUUUUGGGAUUCGAAUCCUUCCGGCCUGGCCAGGCUGAGGCCGUCAUGAGGGUCCUUUCAGGAAUCUCCACCCUGCUGGUGUUACCCACAGGAACAGGGAAAUCCCUUUGUUACCAACUCCCCGCCUUCCUCUACCACCGAAAUUCCGGCGGCAUCGCCUUGGUCAUUUCCCCUCUCGUCUCCCUGAUGGAUGAUCAGAUUUCCGGCCUACCUUCCUCCCUCAGAGCCGUCCGCAUCCACUCCCACCUCACCCCAUCCCAACGCGAAUCGGCCUUGAAAAAAAUCCAGAGCGGCCAAGCUCAAAUUUUGCUGCUUUCCCCGGAAUUUGUGGCGGCUUCCGGAAGUUUCUGCCGCUUUUUCCGGAAUUUUCCGCCCGUGGCUUUCGCCUGCCUGGAUGAAGCUCAUUGCAUCUCCCAAUGGUCCCACAACUUCAGGCCCGCUUACCUCAGGGUUUGCAAGAUCCUCCGGGAGCGUUUGGGCGUUCGCUGCUUCCUGGGGCUCACGGCCACGGCCACGGCGGCCGCGCUUCGCCACAUUUCCCAACAUUUGGGGAUUUCCGCGCCAAUCGGCGCCGCCAUCGUCGGAAUUCCCAAAAACCUUCGGCUCUCGGCGUCCCUGGAUCCCGACCGCGAUCGGGCCCUGCUGGAGCUGCUCCAAGCUUGGACUUUUGGGAAUUCUGGGAAUUCUGGGAAUUCUGAAAAUUUUGGGAAUUCCGUGCUCGUUUUUUGCACCCGGCGCGAGGAGUGCGAGCGGCUGGCGGCGCUGAUCCGACGGGAAUUCCCGGAAAUCCCGGAAAAAUCCCGGAUAAAAACGGGGAAAGGAAAACCUCGCGAAUUUUGCGUCUCGGCCGCGUACCACGCCGGGCUGUGCCCGCGGGAGCGGCGGAGAAUCCAAGAGGAUUUUAUGGAAAAUCGAAUCAGGGUCCUUUGUGCCACAAUUUCAUUUGGGAUGGGUUUGGAUAAAUCCCAAAUUCAGGGAAUUGUUCAUUAUAACAUCCCUGGGAGUUUGGAGAGUUACGUGCAGGAAAUCGGCAGAGCCGGCAGGGACGGGAGCGCCGCGCGGUGCCACCUCUUCCUGCAGCCAGAGGGUCAAGAUCUUCUGGAAUUACGGCGCCACAUCCACGAGAAUUCCGUGGAUUUUUUGGCCGUCAAGACUUUGAUCCAAAGGGUUUUUGCUCCUUGUAAAUGUCUGGAAAAUCAUGGAAAAAUCCAGGAAAACUCCAAGGAAUUCUCAAAAAAUUCCCGGAUUUGCCGCGGCCACGAGCGCUCGAUCCCCAUCCAGGAAUUUGUGGAAUCUUUGGAUCUUCGAGAAGAAGGGAUUGAAACUCUCUUGACUCUCCUGGAGCUCCAACCCCAAAAAUUCCUGGAACUUUUGCCCCCGGUUCAUUCCCGGUGCCGGAUUCGAAUUCCCGGAAAUUCCGCGGAGUCGCUGCGGGAGGCGGCGUUGAGGUGCCCUCCCUUGGGAUUUCUCCUGGCUCGGAAAACUUCGGGAAUUUCGGGAUCGUUGGAAUUCGACGCCGUGGCCUUGAGCGAUUCCAUGGGCUGGGAAUUCUGGAGGGUCCGGGAGAGCCUCAGGAGGAUCCAGUGGGAAACACGGAAAGCAGGAAAAUCCAAGAUCCAGGUGGAAUUUCAGGAAUUGUCCUUCCACUUCCGCGCCUACGGAGACCUGGAUUCCCAGGAAUUGGAUUCCAUCUGGGAAUUCCUGAAUUCCCAAAUCAUUUCCCGGGAAAAAUCCGAGCUCCGGAGACUCCAACGCUGCUUCCGGACCUUCCAGAGCGUUGCAUUCCCGAGUUUCUUUCCUGAGCCUCCGGAGCGGGAGCAGCUGGAGAAGAAUUCCCAACUCCGGGAGCUGAUCCGGGAAUAUUUCCAGAGGGAUCCCAAGGAAUCGGAGGAGGAAGAGGAGGAAAAAAAUCCGGGAAUUGCGCCGGAUCAGGAAGAAGAAAUCCGAGCGGAGAUCCGGAAAUUUCUGGCCGCGUAUCCGGAGGAGGAAUUUUCGGGAAGAGCCGUGGCCAGGAUUUUCCAUGGAAUUGGCUCUCCCCGAUUCCCGGCUCGGAUUUUCGGGCGCGAUCGGCGCUUCUGGAGGAGGCUCCUCCCGCUGGAAUUCCGGAGCCUUUCCCGCUUGGCUUCCCAGGAAAUCCUGGCCUGGAGAUGAGGGAAAAUCCAGGAAAAUAUCAGGAAAAACAUCAGGAAUUUCAACAGGAAAUUUGGGAUUUUAUCGGGAUUUUAUCGCGAUU